AUGCCUGACCGCAGACCCUUCGAGCAACUUCCUGAUAACGUGCAGCCCAUUAACUAUGGACUGUGCCUGAAGCCCAACCUUAUAGACUUCACCUUCGAAGGGAAGCUGGAGGCUCCCAUAGAGGUAAAGAAUGCCCCCAACCAGAUUGUUAUGAACUGUGCAGACAUUGAUAUUAUCACUGCCUCUUAUGCUCCAGAUAGAGAUGAAGAAUACCAUGCCACAGGGUUUAAUUAUGAGAAUGAAGAUGAGAAGUUGACUCUCUAAUUUCCCAGUAUCCUUCAAACUGGUCAUGGAUUGUUGAAGAUUGAUUUUGUUGGUGAACUGAGCGAUAAGAUGAAGAGUUUCUAUCACAGUAAAUACACCACUGCUUCUGGAGAAGUGCAAUAUGCAGCUGUCACUCAAUUUGAGGAUACAGGUGCAAGAAGAGCAUUCCCCUGUUCGUCUGACCCAUCCAUUAAAGCAACCUUUGAUGUUACGCUGGUUGUCCCCAAAGACAGGGUGGCUUUAUCCAACAUGAACAUUAUUGCAAUGAAUCCAUACCCAGAUGAUGAGAGCCUUGUGGAAGUGAAGUUUGCUAGAACCCCUGUCAUGUCAACAUACCUUGUUGUCUUUGUGGUUGGAGAACACGACUUUGGAAACACGUUCAGCAGAUGGGAUUUUAAUCCAUGUGUACACACCUGUUGGAAAAGCCGAACAGGGGAAAUUUGCAUUGGAGGUUGCUGCUAAAACUCUUCCUUUCUACGAGGAUUACUGAAAUGUGCCUUACCCUUUACCCAAGAUUGACUUCAUCACAAUUGCAGACUUUGCAGCUAGAGCUAUGGAAAACUGGGCUCUGGUUACAUACUGGGAGACUGCUCUUCUCUUUGAUCCCAAGGACUCUUGCUCCUCCUCCUGCCAGUGGGGGGCUCUAGUUGUUGGACAUGAACUAGCUCAUCAGUGGUUUGGGAACCUGGUCACUAUGGAAAAGUGGCUUAAUUAAGGUUUUGCUUUCCUGGAUAGAGUACCUUUGUGUAGAUCACUGCUUUCCAGAGUACAAUAUUUGUACUCAGUUUGUGUUUGUGGACUACACUCAUGCCCAGGAAUUGGAUGCUCUGGAUAACAGCCACCCCAUUGAGGUCAAUGUGAGACACCCAUCGGAAGUGGAUGAAAUCUUUGAUGCCAUAUCUCAUAGCAAAGAAUCUUUUAUGAUCAGAAUGUUACACAAUUAUAUUAGUGACAAGGAUUUCCUGAAAGUCAUGAACCAAUACCUCACCAAAUUCCAAGAAAAUAAUGCUUCUACAGAGGACCUGUGGGAGUCUCUAGAGCAAGCCAGUGGGAAGCCCAUUGCUGCUGUGAUGAGCACCUGGACCAAGCAGAUGGCAUUCCCACUAAUAUAUGUGGAUUCAGAGCAGAAUGAAGACUUCAGAGUACUGAAAUUGCCGCACCUUGGUGAGGACUGUCCACAAUGUAUGGUACCGAUCAAUAUCUGCACCUGUAAAUCCCUAUCCUCUUCCAAACAUACGAUCCUGAUGGACAAGCCAGAGACGACCAUGGUAUUGGAGGGCAUGAGACCAGACCAUUGGGUAAAGAUUAAUCCUGGCACUGUGGGAGAGCCUGUUACCUGGCAUAAGAUGCCUCUCCUUGCAGCCUGUGGAUAG